GGAGCCUCCUUAAAACUCUGCCGUUAAAAUGGGGGCGGGUUUUUCAACUCAAAAAGCGCUCAAUUUUUUUCUUUUCAAAAAAAGCUGAUGAGGUCGGAAAAAAAGGGAUAAGAAACCGGCUCGGUCCCUUCAGAGGCAACCGUAGCAGCAGUUGCUUCAGCGGAAAAAGAAGCAAAGGAGGGAGGGAAGGGAAAGAUCCUAAAGGAAAGACGCGCUAGUGCUUGUAGCGGUGAAAGGAGCAGCGAUCAGAGAUUUGGGGGAGUCGGACUACAAAAGAAACUGUCAGCUGCGGCUCGCAACCGGCCGGCCCAGCCUGAGUCGGCUCCGGGACCCAGCUGGCUGGCAGCCGCGGACAGGACAGCGGCACAGAGAGGGGCACAGACCGGAGGACCGCCAAGAACUAACUGGCCAAGUGGCACCGAGCGCCCGAGCUGCUGGGCGGCCGCCAAAAAGUCGGCGGGACUGGCUGCGCCCGGGAUCUGUGGCAACCGCUCCUACUUCCAAAGACACUUCCUAUCAUCGGAGGCCCCAGGAAAAUCUGAAAGGGAGGGAAAGACCGCCGCACAGGCGACCGCCGCCGCUCAGCAACCGCUUGCAGUGGAGAGUCUUAGCUAGGUCGGUCGUAGGCGGGAAGUACUGGUGAGCUGGCCCGGUGCAGGCGCGAUGCUACGGCGAGCUGCCCCAGCGGCUGGAGCUCCAUAGACGCAGCCCUGCACCGUCCUCAGGCUGCCGGGAGUCCCGGGACCCGGCGGAGCCGGCAUGACGGGCUUGGCGGGGGUCUGCCGCAUACCCACCAGCCUCCGGAGACCCGCACCCUGCCCGGCUCCCACGGCCUCUGAGGCUCGGCGGGGCUGCGGCAGCCCGGCGGGCGGGCUCCGGAGGCUCUUCUGAAGACGCGGAUCCCGCCGGGGAGUCGUUGAGACCUGAGAGUUGAGGGCUUCAGAACUGCUGCUCUGGUCUGCCUUCGGCAAUCAUCUUUAACCCUCCCGAGCACGUCAGCAUCCAGCCAGCGCGGCGCUCUGCUAGCGAGCAGCACUCUGGACUACCCCCUUCAGCGAGACGGAUGGGAAGUGAGCCCUGCGGAGGACCUGACUCUGAAAUUCUGCCUCAAGUCACAACUGCGAACAAGGGACCCUAAAGAAUGGCCGAGCCUUGGGGGAACGAGUUGGCGUCCGCAGCUGCCAGGGGGGACCUAGAGCAACUUACUAGUUUGUUGCAAAAUAAUGUAAACGUCAACGCUCAAAAUGGAUUUGGGAGAACUGCGCUGCAGGUUAUGAAACUUGGAAAUCCGGAGAUUGCCAGGAGACUUCUCCUCAGAGGUGCUAAUCCCAAUUUGAAAGACCGAACUGGUUUUGCUGUCAUUCACGAUGCUGCCAGAGCAGGUUUCCUGGACACUGUACAGGCUUUGCUGGAGUUCCAAGCUGAUGUUAACAUCGAAGAUAAUGAAGGGAACCUGCCCUUGCACUUGGCUGCCAAAGAAGGCCACCUCCCUGUGGUGGAGUUCCUUAUGAAGCACACAGCCUGCAAUGUGGGGCAUCGGAACCAUAAGGGGGACACCGCCUUCGACUUGGCCAGGUUCUAUGGAAGAAAUGAGGUCAUGAGCCUGAUGGAGGCAAAUGGGGUUGGGGGAGCCACGAGCCUGCAGUGAGUGUGUGGUCUUGUCCACUGCCUUCAUUCUGUCCGUUAGUUGGUUGGCUGUCCUGUUUUACUAUCACUUAUUAAAAUAUAGGAUUCGUUUUGCUUCAUUUUCAUAUUUUAAGCAGCUAGUCAAAUCCUUCGAAACUGCCUAAAUGGAAAUCUUACUACAAGUUUAUGAAAUAUUUAAACAUCGUUUUCACUGUCAAAAUUCUGAUUUCUAACAUGUAAUUGCAUAUAGUUAUGCCUUUCUUCUGGAUAUUUUAUCUUUGUUCUUUUUUCCCCUUUGCUUACCCUUUGCCAUUUUCAAUGUCUGAUUUGAAGACUUUGUUUUAAAAAAUACUUGUUUUGAUGCAUCUUUUGCCUAAUUAAAACACAUUUUUCAGAAGAGGA